GUAAGGCAAUCCGGAAGUGGAUGUAAUGAAGAGGUGCCACUUGGCGGCCAUGGCAGCUGUAGUAUCGGUAGCUCCGGGUCAAGGCCCCUCGGAGUGGAGUAACAUGGGCAGCACUGGGUAUAGGGUAGAGACAGCUUUGUAUCAGCUUCACUGCUGAACCCCACGACCCGCCAUUACCGGCCUGCAGGACUCCUUUCCCCACUCUAGACUCGGAGGAGAGUUUGCCGUGAUUGGUGGGCUGGUCCCGGAGCUGGGGGGGCGAUCACCUGCGGGGGUGCCCCAGGGAGAUAGGGGAGCAGGGAGAACGAACUAGUUCACUUGGGUUUUCGUCCUUUUCUUGCUGCCAUCGGGAACAUUGCUUGUGGAGGAAGUAGGCCCAUUGUGCUGCCCGUAUUCCGACGAUUGAAGCAAUAGCUCCUUCUUAUAGUUUUCCAUUGACCUCUCAUCUCUGUUAACCCAUGGGAAUCCAGUGACUGGUAUAUGAAAACUUACGGGCUGGGACCUAAGAUUGCUGAAAGUUGACUCUAGUAUCAGCAAAAGGCGGGCUCUUUACAGGUACGUUAAGAGAGAAGUGCCUCGUGAACGCAUCUGCCGGUGGGGAGGACGAGAACUGGAAAGUCCACCUGUUCUCUUGGAACAAUCACCCGUGUUUAAGGAUCUGAGCUCCCGAAAAAUUAUAGACUAGUGGUAUUGGAUGAAUAAAGAAGGCAGAAUGGAUGAUUUCAUCUCCAUUAGCCUGCUGUCUCUGGCUAUGUUGGUGGGAUGUUACGUGGCUGGAAUCAUUCCUUUGGCUGUUAAUUUCUCGGAGGAGCGACUAAAGCUGGUGACUGUUUUGGGUGCCGGCCUCCUCUGCGGAACUGCACUGGCGGUCAUCGUGCCUGAAGGGGUGCACGCACUUUAUGAAGAUAUUCUUGAGGGGAAGCACCACCAAGCGAGUCAAACACAGAACGUGAUUGCAUCAGACAAAGUAGCGGUAAUACCGGUUGCCCAUGAACAUGAGCACAGCCAUGAUCACACACAGCUGCAUGCCUACAUCGGCGUUUCCCUCGUACUGGGCUUUGUUUUCAUGUUGUUGGUGGACCAGAUUGGCAGCUCCCAUGUGCAUUCUACUGACGAUCCAGAAACCGCAAGGCCCAGCAAUUCCAAAAUCACCACCACGCUGGGUCUGGUCGUCCAUGCUGCAGCUGAUGGUGUUGCUUUGGGAGCAGCAGCUUCUACUUCACAAACUAGUGUCCAGUUAAUUGUGUUUGUGGCAAUAAUGCUACAUAAGGCACCAGCUGCUUUUGGGUUAGUUUCCUUCUUAAUGCAUGCGGGCCUCGAGCGGAAUCGAAUCAGAAAGCACUUACUCGUCUUUGCACUGGCAGCACCGGUUAUGUCCAUGGUGACAUACUUAGGGCUAAGUAAGAGCAGUAAAGAAGCCCUUUCAGAGGUCAAUGCCACUGGAGUGGCCAUGCUUUUCUCUGCCGGGACCUUUCUUUAUGUUGCCACAGUACAUGUCCUCCCUGAGGUGGGCGGAAUGGGGCACAGCCACAAACCCGACCCCGCUGGAGGGAGAGGCCUCAGCCGCCUGGAGGUGGCAGCCCUGGUUCUGGGUUGCCUCAUCCCCCUCGUUCUGUCAAUAGGACAUCAGCAUUAACUGGUGAGGGUCCAGCCUCAGUCCACGGCCAUUCGCCAUUCAGUGAGAACAGCCGGCACGUGACAGACGCUCACUUCCUCAGUCUCUCGUCUCGCCUUGCCCAUCUCCACCUGUAUUCCUAAAGAGUCCAGAGGGAGGUGAGAAGAAAACCUGGAGUAAUGGAAAGCUUUCAAGUAGAAACAGCACACUGCGAAGGAUAUAGACAUUCCGUUGUGUUGUCUUUUCAAGGGCCCUUGGCAUUCUGAGUUUUGGUGUUUCCCUUAACCCUAUUCUCAGGGAAGAUGGAAUUUAGUUUUAAGGAAAAGUGGAGAACUUCCUACUCAUAAUGAAAUAAUUAUGAAAGUACAGUAUUCUGUAAUUAAGCUAAAUCUCUUAGUUUAGAGGCUCUGCCACUUUAUCCAUUGAUUUUUUAACAUGGUUCUCACCGUGUAAGACUGGUGCUUUAGCAUCUAUGCCACUUGCCUUGAAUGAAGGUCAUGAUGCCCAUUGUGUUAGAUGCUAAAGAUAAGUAGUUCAUUUGGGGCUAGAGUCGAGAAAAUGAUGGCAAGACACAUUGAAAACUGACUUUACACUUGAGAGAUUCGGUGAAGUGGGGACAUCUGGGGAGACUGAAACACGCCCUUUAGCACGUGCCUCUUUGCAGAGAGCCUGCCUUCUAUCAGAUGGGGCAGCAGAGGUGGACUAGCUUUUAAAGAGGUGACGUGUUUUAUAAAACAUUUUUUUUCAAAGUCCUCUUGUUUGUAGUAGAGGAGCCAAGUUCUAGUAGGUUCAGACCAACCUAGGCUUCCCUUCUGACUGUUAUAAGAACAGUCAGAUCCCAAAGUAUCUUUGGAAAUUAAGGGGUGUUAAAUUUUAAGUGAAUUUGAACAGUUACUGACAUCUUUGUAGUAACCUUUUUAGAAGAAAGAUCACCAAAACCUACUUGUCCUUUUUUUGUCUCUUAAGUAUUUAUCUUGGUAGACCAGCAGUCCCUCUGGCAAAAUACUCAGUGCCCCUUUGGGACUGCCAGGUCAGCAUCACGCAAGCACCUGUAGUAGGGAAGAAAGUCAAGAUAUAUCACAAAUGGGAGGUGUUUGCCUGUUGAUUUAAAGCUUAUUAAAAUCAUGUCUUUUGUCUCUUCAUCUUUUCUGUAUUUUAUUCCUAACUUUUCCCUCCAGCCCUUCCUCCCUACAAUUUGCUGCUUUCUGCUGGUGGUGAUGCUAAUAUUUGUGUGAGCUAAGUUCUCAUCAGGACAGCCUCUUCUUGGAACUGUGAUGAUAAAGAUAAUAUUGUUUCUGUCCUCUCUGCUCCUUUCAAUGAAGUUACCUUUGUGUCAAUUGCAGCUUUGUUAAGCCCUUAAAAUGUCAACUUCCUCGUAUGUGAGAUGAUACAAUCACUGAUAUUCUGGUAAUUUAAACAAUUGAGAUAUUAAAAAUAAUAAGCAAACUAGGAUAAUUUGUCCAUAUUUGCCAAAAAUCCCUGUAAACCUUGUGUUAUCAAAUAAGUGUAUAAUAUUAUAUUGUUAAUUUAUUGUGAUUUUCUGUACCAUUUCAAAACACAUUUCAUAAAGUGGGAACCAAGACUAUUUUUGUCAGGGCGUUGGAUUUAGGAGUUUGUGAAACAUUUUGUAUAAUGCAUAGUCCAGCAUGCCCAGGAUUUCUGUAUUUCCUUCCUAGAUGUGUCACUGGGUCAGCAGCUGUGGAAAGAGAACUUGUGAGCCCUCUGCUGGCUAGACCAAAGUAGCGUAAACAGGAUCUGGUUUUGGAUAGUGGCUGGGAACCGUUGAGAACAGCAUAAAAACCAACAGAAGGUGCAGCAGGAAAGUCUAGGUGACUUUCCUGCUAACAGCUGGGACUUCAGAGAGUCAUGGGAUUUCACUCAGUCCUUCAAAAUGACAUGGUUGCCUUGAUUCUCCCUGGAAAUGUACUUCGUUAAAUAAAUAGCUCAUUUUAGUGUCUGGUCUGGUUUGAAUAGUGGCACUUUUCUAUCAUAUUGUUGUGCAAUGAUCAGAAAUUUGUUCUGCUGGCCAAAGCCUCUUUCUGCAGUGCCUUGCCAUCACACUUAAAAGUUGGGCUAGAAUAUCUUGCCGGGUAGGGCCUUGAACUCUGGCAAGGGCAGAACCAUCUAACCUCCAAAUUGGCUGUCCCCUCUGGACCCCACAUUAACAAGCAAACCUUUCAAGGCCUAUCAGCAUUCAAGAGCUGUGGGCUGUCCAAGAUUUUAAAACUGCUACCCCAGGAACCACUCAUUUCCUUCCUGGUCAGCAGGCAGAAAUAGCCAUACUAAUCUUACAGGGCUCAAACGCAUCUCCAGGCAGCAGGGUACUGAGCGGCGUGGCAGGGGCCUCCUUCAUUUGCAGGAGGCGGGGGAGAACUUAACUUAUGUGGGCAGUGUCCCAGGAGAGGCCACACUGAUGGUCACUUACGGGCACAUUUCAGCUCCAUUUUCCUCUUGUUUAAAACUGCCUCCUUAGAUGUGGAUGCCUUAAUGCUCUCACGCGUUUGGAAACCUUGGCAAUACUUCAGUCGCUGCUGUGAUUACAGAUGGAAUUAUUGGCUACCAAAGAGAUGCAAUUGAUGAAAAGCAUUGUCCUUCCUUCCUCAUAACCAAAGUUAAUUACAAUUUGACUCCCUUUCCUCGGUACGGAUAGACUUUCUUCAGAUGUUGAGUGCUGUCUUAAAUGGCAAAUUAAGGUGAAAAUUAUACUCCUUCAUUCCCUUCAUUUGUUCGCCAGUGAUUUGCUUUUGUCAGUUGCCAUAUCCCCAAAGCAGCCGUCUUCCAGGUCUGAUGGCUUUCCUGUGCGUGCUGUUGCCGGAUUUCAGUUCUUCAGGCGCAUUCUGCCCUGGAGUGCAGAGUGUUGAAACACCACCAGAGGCUCUGUGUUCUCCCUUUCCCUCUUCACCUUUUUAUUUCCCUAUUCAAAACAGCCAAAUCUGUUCCUAUAUUUUGUAUCAUUAGAAAAAUGAGAGAAGUGGCUGUUUUGAGUGGUCAGUUCUUUGUAGAAAGAAGAAAGUGUAAUGGUGUUUUUUACUGGCCUGCUUUUAAGUGUCACUGCCUGGUUUUUCCUCUUUUUCAAGGACUAGAACGAGGAGGACAUGCCAGCCCCUCAGAUACGUGGUAGCCAGGUACUGAACAUGGGAACUGUGUGUAUGUCAACAGCACAAGCCCCCAGAGCAUGUUCCUGCCUUUGGGACCCCUGAGCCCCGUGGGAGACUGAGAAAGACCAGAUUCAUCCAGAACUGCUGUAGGGCACGGCGAGAACCCUCUAAUAGUGUUCCACAGGGGUACCCUCCUUGCCUUACAGGAUUUUUUGCUCAACACAGAAUGGUCCACAUUACCCAAAGAGCACUGUUUGAGAUGCUGUGAAAUUAAAACCAGUCACGUAGCCCCUUUGUACCUGAGACAUCUAGAUUCACCUGAGAAGACCUGAGGGAAAUGUAUGACUUGCAUGAAAGGGCUCGACAAGCAUUAGGAAUUUUCUAGAUAUGCUCAGCCUAACACAAGGAGGUUGACUUUGAUCUGUUUUCUCAUAGCAUCUUCUACUAAGUGGGAACUCUAAUGGGAUAACACUGCAGUCCCCCUGGUUUGGUAGCCUAAACGGUGAUUUUAAAUGUCCCCUUUUUCUGGAUCCUUUGUAAACAUGAAAUCAUUCCACGGAUGGCUGCCUUAUAAUUUGUGUCUCUUUCCACUUUAAUUGUGAAUGGUUAAAAAAAAUGUUUUUGCUGUUUUCUGAUUUGUUUUAUGAUAUUAAAUUUUUAUUAGUGCAUACCA